CUAUUUUCAAUUUAAAGCUCAAACUACCCCUUGUAGAAAGAAGCACAAACGAAAAGAAUGGAGAAGGAACAGAAAGCCUAUUACGAAGCUCAUUGUUUGGUCCUACCCUUUCCAACCCAAGGCCACGUUAAUCCCAUGCUCCAAUUCUCCAAGCGCUUAGAGCGCAAAGGCCUCAAAGUCACACUCGUCACAACCCAGUCAUUUCACAAGCUCUCAUCAUCGCCGUCCACGUCCAUUACAUUAGAGAGCAUAUCCGAUGGCUAUGACGAAGGCGGGCUGGCGGCAGCGGAGAGCAUUGAUGCCUAUCUAGACAGCUUCCGCGAAGUCGGGUCAAAGACCUUGACGGGGCUCAUCGAGAAGCUAUCGGACUUGGGGCACAAAGUUGAUUGUAUUGUUUAUGAUGCGUUUAUGCCUUGGCCGCUGGAAGUGGCCAAAAGGUUUGGGAUUGUUGGGGUAACUUUCUUCACUCAGUCUUGUGCUGUUGACAACAUAUACUACAAUGUCCAACAGGGUUUGCUCAAAGUUCCAUGUACUAAUGAGUCUGAGAUCGUGCUUCCGGGAUUGUCAGUACCGCUACAAGCUUCGGAUAUGCCUUCUUUCGUUUCUGUACCUGAACAGUACCCGGCUUUCUUUAGAAUGGUUGUGGAUCAGUUCUCCAAUGUUGGCAAAGCUGAUUUGAUCCUCUGCAACACAUUUUAUGAGCUGGAAGUAGAGGAGGUGGAUUGGAUGGCAAAGCUCUGGCCAUUGAGGACGAUUGGUCCAACCAUACCAUCCAUGUACUUGGAUAAACGACAUGAGGAUGACAAAGAAUAUGGCUUCAGCCUCUUUAAGCCAAAUAGUGAUGCCUGCAUGAAUUGGCUAAACGAACGACCGAAAUGGUCAGUAGCUUAUGUGUCAUUUGGCAGCUUAGCAGAGCUAGGAGCCGAGCAAAUGGAGGAAUUGGCUCGCGGUUUGAAGAAGAGCAACAUCUAUUUCUUGUGGGUGGUGAGAGAAAAAGAAGCAACCAAGCUCCCAAAAGGGUUUGUGGAGGAGAUAUCAGAGAGAGGUAUGGUGGUUUCAUGGUGUCACCAAUUGGAGGUUUUGCAACAUGAAGCAGUUGGUUGCUUCGUGACGCAUUGCGGUUGGAACUCGACCUUGGAGGCUUUUAGUUUAGGGGUUCCAAUGGUUGCAGUGCCACAGUGGACUGACCAAAGCACUAAUGCAAAGUAUAUUAUGGAUGUGUGGAAAAUGGGGCUUAAAGCUCGGGCUGAUGAGAAAGGGAUAGUGAGACAAGAAGAAAUAUCAAAUUGUGUGAGAGAAAUAUUGGAAGGAGAGACAGGGAAAGAAAUUCAGAAGAAUGCUUUGAAGUGGAAAGAAUUGGCUAGAAAGGCUGUGGAUGAAGGUGGAAGUUCUGAUAGAAACAUUGAUGAGUUUAUUGCAAAGCUGGUUCAACACUAGCUAGCUAAGCUUUAGGCUAUGCUCUAUAAUGUCCUCGAAAAUAUAAGUAAGGCUAUAUAAUAAACUUCUAAGGUGAAAUUUAAUGUAACUUGAUCUAAGAUUUGUGCUUCGUUUUUGCAAACUUGAUUAAAGGGCAUAGCUGCAUGUGUAGCUUAUAGCACUUGGAAUUGUAAUAAGAUACUAUGCGAUCGAAUCUCCUCUUUAAAGAGGAUGUUUUCAUCCUGGCUUUUAAUCAAAUGAUUGAUGAUCUGCUUCAUUUUUA